UCAGUCGAUUAAUGUCAGUUAUUUAAUUCCAGUCAACAGUAUAAAAAUACAUCAAUUAUAAAACUUUAUAAUUAUUAUCUACGUUUAUUGAAAAUUUUCAUACCAAGUAUUUUCAUUUUUUUUCAGUGAUUAUUUACAUACUUACCAGUAAUUUAAUUAAUAAACCUAAAUAGAUAGUAGCAUGUCAAAAUAAUUUUCUUUUUGUGACCACAGUAUUUUAAAUUUACAUUACAUUUACAUUAAAGUAUAGUAUUGUAAGAAAUCAAAGCAAAUAACACUAAAUACUUUAUCGUUCGUCUCAUUAAAUCCACCUAAUAAAUUAUACCUGCAAUGUGUAUUUCAAAACAGGCUAUAACGUUUUCAAUGAUUUGGAAUUAGAUGUUGCUCGAGAUGUCGAGAUAAAAAAUUCAGUUACUUUUUGAGAGGAUUUGUUCUGUAAUUAUUGAUCUACAUUAUUUGAUUUGCUGAUCAUAUAUCACCCAGAAGGUGAUAAAAGUGCACUGAUCAUAAAUUUUUCUAGAGUUGGAUAUGCUAUUCAGAUGGUUACCAUUUUCUAGUCAUGGGGUCUGAACAAUCUUCUGUUCCACCUAAAAAACAAACUCAGAGGGCGCCACCUGUGCGUCGUGGUCAUACCAUACAUGUUACAAAUGCGCCAGAAGCAUGUAGAAGCACUGAUCCAACAGCCAGUGGUAAUAAUUCACCUGGGGCAAGUGUUUGUUCCGACUCUGAAUUACCAUACAUAUCAUACACAGUGGAUAGACCAAUUGGAGAUUCACCAAAAACAUCGGCUAAGACUCAAAAGUCGGGUGACAACAAAAAAUCAUUACUUCAAAGGAGACAGUUGAGCUUACAAAAUCGUAAGAGCAAACGAGCACGGGAUAUUGUGGUUGUGAAGCAUGCAUCAGACACACUGUUGGAUGAAGAUAUAAGGAGGUUACAGGAAAUACCAACAUUCUUACCCAUCAUGAGAGGAACACUUGGAUUACCUGGUGCGAGAGAUCCUGAAGUGUUAGAAGGUCUUGAUUAUCGACCGUGGGUGCGUCUAACUACAAGACUACAGGCCCACCUCGCGGCCUGCGCUCAUCCAUUAGCCGCCGAACAAAUAAAUUUAGCCACUAAAGUCAAGGAGUCGGAUACAGAAAUAUCUCGUUUGUAUUCACAAAUGGUUGAGAAGCAACGCGCGAACGCACGCCACGCGGAGCGCCUGUCGAGGGUACACGAGGUCGGCAACCAGCUGUCGCGGUGCAACUCUUUGCUCAAUCAGACAUUGCAAGAUAUAGAAGAGCUGAAUAGUCUGUUACCACAAGACAAACGUCUCCAGCCAUUUAUAUGGAAUGACGAACGUUGAAAUGACUUCAUCAUAGAUGAUGAGGUUAUUGAACAUCAACGGCUUACGGCUACUGUCGACUAGCUUUUGUCCGUGGCUUUGCUUUAAAAAACUUGUACUGUCAUGUAACUAUUAUAUUUAUGUUUACCUUAUAUUAAUACAACACGUUACUUUA